AGAGAGAAAGAGAGACAGAGAGCGAGCUACAGUCAGAGAUCCGAUCAAAUAGCAGACUGCCUCACUGCCAGCACUGUUCUACACACAGCUACUGCUUCUCAACUAGUUCAGAUUCAAGUCUACAGAAAAAAAGGUCCAACUGACAACAUGGACACAGAUUCUGGAGAGCUGAGUGAAGGGGAGCUUUCUCCAGUCCCAGAGAUCUUCAACUCUAAAAGCCUGGCUCUUCAAGCUCAGAAAAAGAUCUUGAGCAAGAUGGCAACGAUGGCGGUGGCCAACCUGCUCAUCGAUGACACCAGCAGCGAGAUCCUGGACGAGCUGUACAAAGUUAGUCGAGAGUACACCAAGAACAAGAAGGAGGCAAUCAAAAUCAUGAAAAACGUGAUCAAAAUCGCCUUGAAAAUCGGGAUCCUCUACAGGAACCAUCACUUCAGUCCAGACGAGCUGGAGACGGUGGAGAAGUUCAAGAAGAAAAUGAAUCAGAGCGCCAUGACCGCGGUCAGCUUUUACGAGGUGGAUUACACCUUCGACCGCAACAUUCUUUCGGAACUCCUCAAUGAGUGCAAGGACCUUCUGCAUGAACUCGUGGAGCACCACUUGACUGCAAAAUCCCACAGGCGCAUCGACCAUGUUUUUGAUCAUUUUGCUGAUGCAGAGUUUCUUUCUGUCCUUUACAGUCCUAGUGAAGAAUACAGACUAUACUUGAAAAAGAUCUGCGAGGGUAUUACCAAACUACUAGACGAGGGAAUUCUUUAACCUGCUCCUUUACAUGCCGGGCUGUCUUUUAUAAACUGUACUUUUAUUUGUGGGAUGGAUGUGUUUUCACAAUAUAUGACUGGCUAUACUAGUAAAUCACCCUGAUCUGUACAUCCUAGGGGCAGCAAUUUUGACAGUUAAUAUGUUUGUAAUUGGAGAGGACCUUAAAUUCUAUUUCACUUAGUGGAAUGCCCCACACCUUCUCACCAAUGAUCUAAAUUCUUAAUGAUUGAAAGGCAGCAAAUGGAUUCGGAUACUAUGAUGUCAUCCAAACACUCAAAUUCAUUGGUUGAAAUCACCUUUUAAAGAAAUAAAUCAGGUGGCUACACU